CAUCGUAACAGUGGCAUGUUUUAUUUUCAUUCGUCGAAGACGACGUCGAAAAGAAGGUGAGAUGAAGUUCUAAUUUGUUCGAAUUGAAAGAUCAGAAAGAACAUUGGUGUAAUUGUUCUAACCUGUCAUUCAUUCCUUUGUUCUAAACUGCUCUCAUUGAAUAUAUUUAGUCGCUUUACACUUUAUUCACUCAUUUAUUUACCCCUUUUUUAAAUAACAAUUUUUAUAAUUCCAGUGGCAGUGAUAAUUUUGUGACAUUGCGAACAGAAACGAUGAAGCCAACUUCUACUGAAAUUACAGAUUUACAUGUUCAAAUAUGUUUCUCUACUCUCUCUUUAUUACGCCCGUUUGGAUUUUUCAUCGCAACAUUUUCACGGUUCAAAACAGCUGGAAGACAACAAUACUUCAGAAGAAGAACAAGAGCCUGGCACUAGUGCUGAGUAUGAAAACGUGCCAAGUGAAUCGAAGCCAGUUCCAGGCCUCACGCGUGGUGUGGUGCGCUACCAAAGAGAUUACAUGACCACAAGACCCGCGCGAAAUUUAUGGUAUGACAGACUUCAGUUAAUUCGAGCAUUUGCUAUGGAGUGGCUUCGAAACGCUUGGGGAAAUGUUGACGAGUUGGGCCGCCAUGUUUAUGACGUCAUGGAACGCGUACGACAUGUUUUUGUCCCACACAACAAGUUGGGCAAUCUACAACAAGGUAACUCGACCGGAAGUGGAUUGGAGAGGAAUAAUACUUAUAGUACAAUGGUUAUAUUGCCAGCAGCAGCAGUUAUAUUGCCCACAGAAAGUGAGAAUGCGUCGACGACAGAAAAUGUUUGAUCUAUCAGACUAUGGAAGUAUAGAACCUUGGUCCAUCUCUCCGUAGAAACUUACCUUUUUUUUCAUUAAUUUUUAUGAUUGACUGUAGUGCUAUAGGGCAAACUAGGAAAAUUAUUGCGUGAAUUACCUAAACCCCUCAAUGGGCGAUUGUUUUUUCAACAUAGUUGAAAACUAUAACUUUCUGGCUAGGAUAGUCACAUAGGAUUGUGUGUAUAAGACAAUGUUAACACAUAAGUAAAAUUUAUAGUUCAUAAUUUCUGUUAAAGUUAAUAAUUUCAGUAAUAAAAUGGGGGAACUUACCCCUAGGCUAAAAUAUCCAAAAAUUGUCGUGAGUCUGCGAAACGAACUGCGGAAAUGCAACAUCCAACGGAAGAUGUCGAAGUUUAGUUAUACAUGACGGCAGACAUGAAAGUGGUAAUUCACGCUUCACGAAAAUAACUAAAUGCCGGUUAAAAUAAUCUUCACUGUAAAAUGACCGGCGAAAUUUUGACAAAGUUUUUUUGCAAAGUUAGAUAAUGCACUCACCGUGACUCAAAAUUACUCGAUUUUUGGAGUAAAAAUUUGCUUUAUUCAAGAAAAUGAGUAAAUUUGCUGAGAAAUUAGUCGAUGAGUAAUUUUAUACUCAAUAUGUUGACUCACUUUGGUUCCAUUAUUUUACUGACGUUUUUAAUUCAAAUUUUUUUGCAGUGUAAUUAUGAUCAUUUUUUUAGAUUCCGUCCACAAAUUAAGGACCGGAUGAGAAUUCCUCGUGUGAAUAAGUGGAACCUGACGAAUCUGUGUACGGUUUCAAAGUUGUUCGAUGGAUCCGGUGUGAAGGAAGGCUGAAGAAUGAACUUUUUUACAUUUUUCUUUCCACAUUUGAAAGUUUGACUUCUUCCCCAAGCAGGGAAUAUACAAGGAAGUGUCACAGUGCGGG